UGUGUUAAUUGUUUUUUAACGAGUAAUUUUUGUAGGCGAUUCCCUAACAAAUUUACUGACCCGCGAUUUUGUCGUGACCCGCGAUUUUGCAACCCCCUUUUUGAGGGGGCCCACAACGCACAGCCCCCAAGUAAUUUGACUGGCUCUGAUACCUCAAGUCUCCGCUGAAAGCAUCGGGGAAGUGCCCCGAACUGCAGCAAACACACGCCAUUAGCCCCGCCUCCGCAGCCUGACUCGCCAACUUUUCCGUCAGACCAGCCGAAGUGUAGGGGUAUGUUAUAUAAAAGGCCUCGGACAAUGAAGACCUUUUCCGUAGAAUGUUGUCUUUCUUGUCUUAUUUCUAUUUCAGUUCAUCCUCCAGUCCUGUAGAUCUUAUCCAGUGGUUUGCCGAUAUUUCACUUUGUCAACUUUGAAACAAAACAAAAAGAGAGUCCUAUAGCCGGCAUAAUGAGCACCAACGAUAUCAAGCUCCCUGAGCCCUUUGCGAGCAUUCCUCGGGAAACUUUUCUAUUUGGCCCCUCACCCAUACAACACCUCGAGCGUAUUUCAGAAGCACUGGGCGGCAAGGUGAAUGUUUACGCAAAGAGAGAUGACUGCAAUUCGGGUCUGGCAUAUGGCGGCAACAAGACGCGGAAGUUAGAGUACCUGGCGGCAGAAGCCAAGGCGCAGGGCGCUGACACAUUGGUGUCCAUCGGCGGCGUGCAAUCAAACCACACGCGGCAGGUCGCCGCCAUCUCGACCAAGCUCGGCCUCAAGGCGGUGCUGGUCCAGGAGCACUGGGUCCCGGACUGGUCUGACCCGGUGUACGGCAAGGUGGGCAACAUCCAGCUGUCGCGGCUGAUGGGCGCCGAGGUCAAGCUGGACCCGUCUGGGUUCGGCAUCGAGCACAAGAACUCGCUCGCGGCGGCGGUGGCGGAGCUGCAGUCCCAGGGCAGGAAGCCGUACGCGAUCCCGGCGGGGGCCAGCGACCACCCGCUGGGAGGGCUGGGGUUCGCGCGAUGGGCGUUCGAGGUUGAGGAGCAGGAGCGGCAGAUGGGCGUCUUCUUCGACACGGUCAUCGUGUGCGCCGUGACGGGCUCGACCAUGGCGGGCAUGGUGGCCGGGUUCAAGCUGGCGCAGCAAAAGUGCGGGUCCAAGCCGCGGCGCGUCAUCGGCAUCGACGCCUCGGCCACGGUGCCGCAGACCAGGGAGCAGGUGCUCCGCAUCGCGCAGGUGACGGGCCGCAAGAUCGGCCUCGAGGACGGCGUCGACAACGUCACGGCCGAGGACGUCGAGCUAGAUGACCGCUACCACGCCGGCAUCUACGGCGUCCCGGACCAGCAGACCAAGGAUGCCAUCCGGUUCGGGGCCAGCACCGAGGCCUUCAUUACCGAUCCCGUCUAUGAGGGUAAGAGCUUGGCCGGCAUGAUGGACAUGAUUCGCAAGGGGGAGAUCAAGCCUGGGAGCAACGUCUUGUAUGCGCACUUGGGCGGCCAGCUUGCGCUCAAUGCCUACUCCGAUAUGUAAUCAUACUAGAUAGAACUAGUAGUAGUAAAUUCCCUUGCUACUAUAAUACUCCAUAUAAGAGGUCCUUCCUUACCUUGCCUACCCAGGUUGAAGGUGAUUGACGGUGCUUGGUUGGCUGGGUAACGGCGGGGCGGAUGGGGAGACUGGAAUUUACUUUGAUAAGCACGAUAAGAUUUGCCGCAAGACUUUUUUCUUCUUCACCUUUUUUUCAGUGUGCAUCUUCAUUAGUCUUCUCUAGGUUCAUAGCCAAACCAGGCUGUGUACUGGAUGAAUUCUCUCCGGUUGAUACACUUGAAGAUGAGAUGAUUAGAUCUAGAAGCUUUCGGUUAUCAACUUGGGUCGAUCUUAUCGUCCGUAAAGCAUUGAAGCUAACAGUUGGUUGAUAUAGGAUGCAGGCAGCAUAGUUUCGGUUUAGCGUUCAGGGAGUUUCGGAAGCGAUUGAUUGAAUUUUGCUACAGAAGAAGAUUCUUUGAUUUUAACUUCAAGUUUGAAAUAAGACGUUACAUGUUAGGGCAAGUAACUAAAUAUAUUAAUCAAUUUGGUACGCUGAGAGGCAGACGGUUUUUCUGUAUGUUACUGCUGAGACAUUGGAACAAAUCCAACAUGAAUCGACACCUGCGUGUGCCGUGGGUGACCUUCCUUAUUCCGCGGAAUAAGCAAAUUGCCAUGUUCAGCCCUCGGCUGAGCGAUAUGGGAAUGUGGACCCUGCACGUGCAUCAAGUUUCGAACGGCCCUUACCUUUACUGUGGUACAGUACCCCAACUUACUCAGACUCACAG